UACGGUUGUUCAUCUUUUCAAACAAAAUCUACUUCUUCGACGAUUAUGACCAGCACUUUCAUUAACUCUUCACUUCAAGCUUUGCACUUUGUCCAAUACUUUCCCAAUAAACACCAAAACCAAACCCAAAGAAGGUUGGACUUUACUUCAAGAAUAUCAUUGCUAUGCUUUUUGUUUGAAUUUCUCUAUCAAUGGACUCAAGUACUAUCCUUGAUCACGCUUUAUUUCAACUCACUCCAACUCGAACUAGAUUUGAUCUGGUGCUCUUCUACGAAGGAAAGAAUGAGAAACUUGAUUCUGGGCUUUUUGAACCCUUCAUUAGUCAUCUCAAAUUUGCAAGAGAUGAGAUUUCACAAGGUGGGUAUUCGAUUACUUUGCAGCCACCUGCUCCUGGUACACUCUGGUUCACCAAAGCUACUUUUGAGAGGUAAUUCGCUACUCACUCCUGAUUCAUUCGAGUUGAAAUUUAAUUUGCAAUGAGUAGCAUAGUUUAUUGAUCUGAUUUCUGUCUGCCCCAAAAUUCUUAUCUAUACAUUUAUUCUUAGAUUUCUUUGUAUGAACAAAAUCCAUUUCGAUGCUAAUUCAACUACAAAACUCAAGUCUUGGCCAACCAUCUGGG